AUGGCCUCUACUGAAUUCUUGGGCGAAGGUGCUUCUUUAGCUAGACCCCCUGCCUUUAAUGGGUUUGCUUAUAUUUACUGGAAAGAAAGAAUGCUUAUCUUUCUAGAGGCAAGUGGUCUUGACAUAUUAGAUGCAAUAGAAAAUGGUCCUUAUGUGCCUAGACUUGCUGGUACUGAUGGAUCAUUAAUCAAGAAACCAAGAUCUGAUUGGGUAUCAAAUUGCAAAACCGCCAAAGAAAUGUGGGAUACACUCCAAGAAACUCAUGAAGGCACAACUGAUGUCAAGAGGGCCAGAACUAACACUCUGAUGCAUGAAUAUGAACUCUUCAAUAUGAAGAAGGAUGAGUCAAUCAAUGACUCGCAGACACGGUUCACACAUGUCAUUAACAAUAUGAAUGCUCUAGGGAAAGUCACUGCAAUAGCUGAAUCAAAGGAUCUUGGAAGCAUGACCAUUGCCACCCUCUUUGGCAAGCUCAGAGAACAUGAAAUGGAGCUGCACCAGUUGAAAGAGUCAAAGCAAACUGAUCGGAAAAGGAAGGGACUAUCUCUGAAAGCUCAAGCUCAUAAAGUAAAAUCUGAACCAGAAACCUGUAUUGAUGAUUCCGAGAGUGAAAUUGAUGAAGAACCUGAAAUCGGAAUGCUGGUCAGAAAGUUCAAGAAAUAUUUGAAGAAGAAAGGAAACCAACCAAAGAAACCAUGCAAUUCAAGGACAAAAAGCUUCAGCAAGAAUGAGACAAAUGAUAGCAAGGUGAUAACCUGCUAUGAAUGUGGAAAAUCAGGCGACAUUAAAUCUGAAUAUUCAGAUAGCAAUGUAAGUACUACCUCUAAUCCCUCUUAUGAAGAAUUGCAUGAUGCUUUCAAUGAAUUGCAUGAUGAACAUAUUAAGGUAGUCAAACAAUUGAUUUGCACUAAGAAAGUGUUAGAAAAAGAGUGCAUGAUGUAUGAAGAAAUCAAAAAGGAUUAUAAGUUGCUUGAAGACAUGAAUGCACUUUUGAAAAAGAAAGCACAUGAUAGACUCACUAGUUUUAUUGAACUUGAAAGAAAGGUUGAAUCACUACAAUUUGAUUUAGCAAAAUUUACUAAUGGUAGAAACAACCUGAAUGUUCUACUUGGCAACCAAAAGAAUGCAAAUGAAAAAUCUGGAAUUGGCUAUAGACCAAAUAGGAAUGGUCAAAAGAAUCAUAAAUUUGUUGGAUUAAAGCCAAUUCAUGAUGUUUUCAUUAAACCAACUCAAAGUACAUCCUCUGCUUUUUCAUGCCAUUUUUGUUGCAAAAAGGGGCAUUUAUCUUUUGAUUGUAAACUGAAAAAGCUUGCUGACAAGGGAUUGAAACAAGUUUGGAGAGUAAAGAAACCUGUGAUUGAGACUAACCCUCAAGGACCCAAUCUAAAUUGGGUACCUAAAUCCAAAGUCUGA